AAAGAAGAAGAGUUUGUUUUUAAUGUUUUUAUUAUAUUAGAUUUUUAUAUUGUUUUCUAUAUCUAAUUGAUUUAAUUUUACGUAAAAUGUCUGAUUUUUUAGCCGAAAAUAAUGUUUGCGGACAAGUGAUAUUAAAUUUAGUUUCCAGAGGCAAUGCUAUAAUUGCAGAGUUACUAAGACUGAAAGACUACAUUCCAAAAGUUUACCAGCUGAAAUCCAAACAGGAUGCCCAAAAAUACGCCGACAUCAUUUUGGAUUUCAACUAUUUCAAAAUAUCCGAAAAUCACGAACAGAAAAUCGAAAGGAACGAGAUUCUUAGAGACUUCGAUGAAGAAUUUCGAGACAACUACAUCGAAAUUAUCAAAAGGUUUUAUUUAGUGUUCGAAGGCAUACACACUUAUGUUAUCGAUCUGAAUCAUUUCAUCGAAGAAAUCGAGGAAGGCAUUUACAUUCAUCAAACGCUCGAAAAUAUUUUCACCGACAUCGAAGGCAAACAAAUAAUGUGCGAAGCUCUGUAUUUGUACGGAUUGAUGCUGAUGAUAGUCGACGCCUACAUAGACGGGGUGAUAAGAGAACGUUUGUUAGUUUCCUAUUACAGGUAUGCCCCGGAAAGGCAGGAAGCCAAAAGUAGCAUCGAUGAAGUCUGUAAAUUGCUGCGAGACACCGGCUACAACGCCCCCAAAAGGCCUUUCACUUACCCCGAGGAUUAUUUUAGGAGGAUCCAUUUGAAACCAAUGUACGUGGAUUACGUGAUAGGCCACCUGAGAUCCGAUGAUAUUUACGGGCAAAUCUCGGUGUAUCCGCUGCCCAAACACAGAAGUAUCGCUCUCGCUAAUCAAGCAGCUAUGCUGUACAUUUGCUUGUUUUUCUCUACGGAUAUCCUUCAUUCGCAAACUGCAGUAAUGCGAGAAAUUGUAGACAAGUACUUUCCGGAUAAUUGGAUAAUUUCCUUGUAUAUGGGGUACACCGUUAAUUUGGUCGAGACCUGGGAUUCCUUUAAAGCCGCCAAAUCAGCCUUGAAUAACACUUUAGAAACGGUGAAUAUUAAAAGUUAUGCUUUAUCAUACGGCGACAGCGUUCCCAACCUCCUAAAACUAACAGAUAAUUUACUAAAAGAAGGUAACAUAACAAAGGAGAAUUUGUUAAAAGAUAUAAACAGCAUUACAACGACAAUACGGGAAUGUAACGUCACCGUUCGUUGGCUGAUGCUGCAUACAGUCCUUAAACCAGGCCAAUCGGACAAAUCGAAAAGGUUGAAACAGUACCGUGAACUCGUUAUGGCCGAUGCGAAAUGCGAGCCCGAAUUGUUGUUCAAGUUGUUGCUGAAUACGGCUCAAUUGGAAUUGUUGGUGAAGGAUUUGUAUAAAGAAUUAUUCCAGAAUAAAGAAAGCCAAUGGGAGGAGCUGAAAAGCGAAAGCAUCCUGAGACUGUCGGAGUUAUCCGAGGUGUUCAGCGGCACGAAGCCUUUGAGUCGAAUACAAAAGAAUGAAAAUUUGCGGCUCUGGUUCACUGAAAUAUCCAAGCAAGUGCAAUCGUUGAUUCUGGAAGAUAAUAGUUCGUCGAGAAAAUUAGUUCAAUUGAUACAGGCUUUAGAAGAAGUGCAAGAAUUCCAUCAAUUAGAUAACAACAUGCAAGUGGUUCAGUUCUUGUCUGAAACAAGAAAGAAUUUAGAUCGAAUGAUAAGAAUAAUGAACGUUAAAGAGACUGUUCUUAUCAAUUUGCAAAUUAUAGGCGAUAUAAGCUAUGCAUGGGAGUUAAUAGAUUAUUACACCAAUAUUAUGCAGUCAGGUAUAAGAAAGGAGCCUACGUUAGUUAUCAAACUGCGUGCAGUGUUUCUAAAACUUUCAUCUGCCUUGGAAAUUCCACUACUUCGCAUUAAUCAAGCUCAAAGCGAAGAUUUGAUCUCCGUAUCGCAAUAUUACAGCAAAGAAUUGGAGAUAUACAUCAGGAAAGUUCUUCACAUUAUUCCUAUUAUGAUGUUUAGGAAACUGGCGAGAAUUAUCGAAAUGCAAACUACAGUGCUGAAAGAACUUCCAACGAGAGUUGACAAAGAUAAAAUCAAGGAGUACACGCAAUUGGAAGAAAGAUUCGAAUUUGCCGAACUAACAAAUUCCAUAUCGGUCUUCAGUCAGGGUAUGAGAAUGAUGAAGAGUACGUUAGUCGGAGUGGUUUGCAUAGAUCCGAAAAAAAUAUUAGACGACGGCAUCAGGAAGGAAUUGGUACAGCAAAUUUCCAAAGCGGUGGAUGCCGAGCUGACUUUUUCACCGAAGCCCAAGCAAGAUGAAUUGGAGCAAAAACUGAAGAUAUUGGUGCGAAUAAUGGACGGAUACAAACGCUCGUUUGAGUAUAUACAAGAUUAUAUCAACAUAAAUGGCUUGAAAAUUUGGCAAGAGGAAGUUACUCGAAUUAUUAACUACAAUGUCGAACAAGAAUGCAAUGGGUUUCUGCGAAUUAAAGUGCAUCCUUGGCAAAGUGUAUAUCAAAGCCGUUACGUGCCUAUCCCGAUUUAUUCCACUGCAGAACAGAGUGUGAAUUUCAUAGGAAGAUUAGCUAGGGAAAUUAUUAGACUCACUGAUCCGAGAACUUCGACUUAUUUGGACACAACAGUAACUUGGUACGACAUUAAAUCGCGUAAACAAAUUUUCAAUAAAGAAACAAUUGGAUCCAUAGCUUGUGCGAUUGAAAUAGCCGGUUUGGCGGGCUUAGACCGAUUAUUUUCCUUUAUGAUAGUCAACUCUUUGAAAAAAGUUAUGGGUCAUCUCGAACACAAAAAUGUAAAAAUUGCUUCUUGGACAAACGUAUUGACUUCUAUACAAAAUGAAAUAAAAACUGAGAAGUUUAUGAAUCCAUUGAAAGUCUAUCAGACGUACAUAAACAGAUGCACGAAAAUUUGGAGUGAUUUCCUCGAAAAUGUGUUGUUAAUUGGGCAGUUGCAGUUGCUCAGGAAUUUGAUUGCGUUUUACUUGAAUACUUCGUGCAAAUUUAAUGCCAAAAAUCUGGAAAUGUCUUUGCGAUCUUUAAACAAGUCAAUUCUUAUGGAUUUGAGAAACGAUAAGUAUAAUCCAAGUGAAAAUUUGUUGUAUACAUUAUCUAAUUAUUUCGACUAUGCUGGAUUGAAUCAGACUUUCAAUAAAAUCUACACGACAUCAAAGAAUAAUUUAGAUCAUUCAAUAACGGUUUUUCUAUUUGUAAUAUCUCAUUUAAAUAAGUUAUUUAUGCCACAAAAUUCAGAAAGCUUGAGUAAGAGGUCCCAAGAUCAAAUCGAUGGAAUAUCCUUUUCUCUUGGAGUACACACUAUUCUAAAACAGUACCACUUAAAUUUGAAUAAGAGCUUUAUCCAAUAUAUAAGUAAUUAUGUUUUGCAAUUAACUAAACAUAAUAGUAGUUUGAAAACUGUUGAGCUUCUUCCGGAAGUCAAUUUGGCAUUGAAUUUUAUGGAAAGUUACACCAAUUAUUCAGACGAAUCUCGCAAUUUUUAUCGAGAAUCGUUACCACCAGAAAUUUUGCAUAUUCAACAAUCGUUAUGUUCAAUCCAAACGUAAAUUUCUAUUAUAUAACAUUAAUUUAUCCAUUAUAUAUCAUAAAAAU